AUGAAGAUAGUCUGUACGGAGUUCUCUGGCAUGAACACAAAUAUGAUGGGCAGUUCACCAGCUACGGAGGGAGGUCCAUCAACCCAUGAAUCCGGCUUCAAAGGGGCAAUGAAUAGCACUUCAACACGAUCGACAAAUACGGAGGAGCACAUUUUUAUUCAUAACGAACUGUGGGUGAGAAGUCUCGUAUUUGCUGCAGCUUCGCCUUUGCAAUCACAUCGCAUCCAUGCUGCAAACGAAUCAGAAGCCGUCGAUGGCUUGCAAGGGCUGCCUCCAAUUCGUGAGCUUAACCCGGGCGGUUCGACCCUCUCGCUGCUGGCCCAUCAUCAUUGA